AACAGGCGCUAAGAACUGCUCAAUGAUUGGCUGCGCGGUUAAUACUUAUGCUGCUGUGGUUGGCUGCAGUCUCUAAAAAGGAGUUGCCAGAGCAAGAGAUUUGAAGUCCAACUGCUGCUGCUGCUGGUUGUUGCUACUCUAUCUUACUUGUGAUGUUGGAUAUGGGAGAAAGGAAAGAAGUCAAAAUGAUUCCUAAAUCAUCGUUCAGUAUAAACAGUCUGGUUCCCGAAGCCGUGCAAAGCGACAACCACCAACACCACAGAGCGGUGCAUGAGGAAGAGGAGAAGACUCAUUUACCUGUCCAAGCACAGGAGCAAAAGUCGGAGAACACUUGCGCUAAAAGUGACAAUUCAUCCCACGACUCCUCGUGCACCGACGAGAAGGACAAGCAGGAAGAGAAACGGGACUCGAAGGAGGGCGAAGGAGGCAAAGAAGGCGACAAGAAAAACGGCAAGUACGAGAAACCACCUUUUAGCUACAACGCUUUGAUUAUGAUGGCUAUUCGGCAGAGUCCGGAGAAGCGGUUAACCCUUAACGGCAUUUACGAGUUCAUUAUGAAAAAUUUCCCGUAUUACCGAGUUUUUUAA